UCAAGUCAACAGUCAAACGGAACAACGUUCGUUUUUGUGAUCGGCUUUUGUUUAUUUCAAAAGUUUUGUUUUAUAAGAUUUUGAUCAAAUUAACUAAUCUUGUUAACUUUUCUAACAAGAGAAUAAGUUUUAAUUUCAUUAUCAAUUUCUUUGUCGAAAUAUUUAUUAAAAGAUGUCUCAACAACAAACUAAAAAUUGUAUAACUCUGCGAGGAUCGGCUCAAAUUAUUUGUGAAUAUCUCAAAUUCGCUAUCAAUUCGGUGCUGUUCCAAAGAGGUUUAUAUCCACCAGAAACGUUCAAGGCUGAGCAACAGUACGGCAUCACGCUGUUAAUAUCAGAAGACGCUCAAAUCAAGAACUUUUUAACAAAUCUAUUGACUCAAAGUGAAGAAUGGAUAAUAAACAAGAAAGUCAGUAAACUAUCACUCAUCAUCAUCAACGUGGCUAAUAAAGAAGUCCUCGAAUGUUGGGACUUCAACGUGCAAUAUGAAGACGGUGACGUAGCAUUAUCAAAAGAGAAAAACGAAACCGUAGGAAGCAAGGACUUGAAGAAAAUCCAGCAGGAGAUCCGCGACGUAAUGUUGCAGGUAGCCGCCACAAUAUCAUACUUACCAUUCUUAGACUGUAGGUGUUCAUUCGACGUACUAGUUCAUGCUAAAACUGAUUGCGAUAUUCCUGACAAGUGGGCGGAAGCGAAACCAGUAGAGAUAGCGAACGCACAAAAUGUUCAACUUAAAACCUUCUCCACUAGUUUACAUAAAAUGGAAACUGUUGUUAGUUAUAAACUCGUAGAUUAGAGUAAUAUUUAGAUUUACCAUUUUGAAAUAUUUCUUUCAUACAAGAAUACAAUGCUGCAUGAUUUUAUUUUCUCUGACAUCAUCAGUAUUAACUAUUUGGAUGUUAUUUAAACCAAAGCUUUCUUUUCUUUUUGUUUAAUUUAAUACUUUUUAUAAGCCUUUUAUUCUUUACAUCAAUUUAUUUUUCUUAUCAUGAUAUCAUGUUGCUGAAUAAGAAUUAGCUCCAUAACUAAUUCUUAUUUUCAUAAUUGUAUUGCUUGUAAAGUAAUAAAAUAAUUAUGUUUCUGUGCAGCUGAUAAAUUCAAAGAUAUUUUACCACAGUUUUAUUUUUCUGACUACUAUUGAAUGCAUUGUCCGUCACUCCAAACAAUGGUUUAAUUGAAUAUUUUUACUAUUUAUACAUACUGUGUAUGUGUCUGAUUAUUACAUGUUUGAAUGGAUUUUUAUAGUGAGUUUCAAAGUAAUUUUUUGAAGUUGAAAUCAGAUAAGAUACUAACGCCUAUAUCUACAUAAUGGACAAUCCAUGGCUUCUUUCUUACUCCCAAAAGCUUCUUUUCAUAAGUCAAAAAUUUCAUCUGAUUUCAAAUUUGGAAAACAUAAUAUUCUUAUUGGUUAAUUUUACCUACAUUUAAAAUUUAUGCUCUUGGGUAUUGUAUACUGUACAUAGUGCAUUGUCUUAGUGUAGUAACUGUCGUGUAAUAGUAAGAUUACCAUAGCUUGACUGUACUAUAAUAGAUACUGGCAUUUGCACAUAAAGUCACACCAUAGAGUUCACUAUUUAUUUUCAACUUUAACUACUUGUAAUAGAAUUGACAAUUGAGUAAAUAUGUUAGGCACUCUAUUUUCUAGUACCCUUCUUGCUUUAUUUUAUGAGUAGAUGUUCAAUACUGAUUAACUGAUGAAUACUUUGUAGCUCAUUAUAAAACAUCCAUUCACAUUGGUAGAAACUUAAGUAUAAGUAGUUUAAGUUUUUAGCUGUUGUACAUUCCUUUAUUCUGUUGUAGAUGUUUCUGUACUUAGUAAGUGGUUUUUAAUAUAAUAUUAGAUUUA